GGCUGGGUUGGAGGCGUGUUGUGAUGGGCACCCUUUCCUUUCUGAUCUUCUGUAUCACGGCCGCCCUCGUCCUCAACUGGUGUGGGAAGAUCAAUAUUCCACGCUACAAGUACGGGAUGGUGUUUGAUGCUGGCUCUUCACAUACCAAGCUCUUCUUGUACGAGUGGCCGGCAGAGAAGGAGAACGGCACCGGCCUUGUCACGGAGAUCCAGAGCUGUGAGGUCAAAGGCCCAGGCAUCUCCAGCUACGCCAGCGAACCACAGAAAGCCGGGAAUUCUCUCCGGGAGUGUCUGGACCAGGCCAUGAAAAUCAUCCCCGCGGCCAGGCAGAGGCAGACGCCCGUCUUCCUCGGUGCCACCGCCGGCAUGCGGCUUCUCAGCAUGCAGGACAAGAAGGCAGCAGACCAGAUCCUGGAUGAAGUGGCUAAGACCAUCCAGGGUUACCCCGUAGACUUCCGGGAAGCACAGAUCAUCUCAGGGAAAGAUGAAGGAGGUUAUGGCUGGCUCACUACCAACUACCUCCUGAAAUCCUUCACUAAGGGAACACCAGCCCUGGGGGCCCUGGACUUGGGAGGUGCCUCCACCCAGAUCAGCUUCAUUCCCCUCAGUGGCAACACAAACCCAAACACAACUUCCAGCUACCAGUUGUAUGGGCACAACUAUACCAUCUACACACACAGCUACCUCUGCUAUGGGCAGGACCAGGCGCGGAAGCAAGUAAUACAGAGACUCGUGGAGGAAAACCUCCAAGGCGAGGUCCAGCACCCCUGUUACCCCAAGAACUUCAAAAAGCCAGUGAACCUCAGCGAAGAGUUGGUCAGCCCCUGCACGAAUCAGACGUGGGUCAGCCAGCUGGGGCCCGCAAAGCGGGAUCUGAAGGGAACGGGGAAUUUUGACAAGUGCCGGAAUGUCGUCGAGCGGAUCUUCAAAUUCGACUGCCAGACCAAGUCCUGUGCUUUCAAUGAGAUCUACCAGCCUCCGCUCACCGGGAAGUUCUUUGCUUUCUCUGCUUACUACUACACCUUCAACUUCCUCAACCUGACCGCCGAGCCUGAUCUGCACAAGGUCGAAAACGCCAUUAGGAUGUUCUGCUACCGGAGCUGGGAUGACCUCACGAAGAAUUACCCAGGGGAGAAGAAGGAGAGGUUGCAGAACUAUUGUGGGAACGCCAUCUACAUCCUCACCCUCCUCCUGAAAGGCUACAAGUUCAACAAGGAUAACUGGAACUCCAUCCAGUUCAAGCAGCACGCUGGCGACUCGGAGAUCGGCUGGACGCUGGGCUACAUGCUGGACCUGACCAACUCGAUCCCCAAGGGCGAGGAAGAGUUUACCCAUAGGUUUAAGCCCUGGGUGGCCUCCAACUUCUUCAUCUCCCUGGUGCUGUUGGUGGCCCUCGUCCUGCUGGUCACCGUUAUCUGCAAAAAGGGAGAAGAGGGAUUUGGAUUUUCCUAAGGCUUCAUGCCACUUGCCACAGUCCCAGACUCGGUUCACUCCUGGGUUCGGGUAAGAGGGCUCCCUCUUAUCUCCGUCU